AUGGCUGCGUGCGACGUCGCUGCGAUGCAACGCUCUGGCCUCAGGCUUGUGAUCGCUGCUGCGCUGGCUGCUCUCAUGCUCUCAGCCCUCCUCUGCCCUUCCAUCUUGACCAUCUCCUCCACCUCCUCCACCCCUUCCCACCCCUUCCCACCCCUUCCCCCUCUCUUCCCUGGUCGGUGUCUCGCAGCGUGUGCGCCCAGGGCGGCGGAGGCCCUGCGCCUGGCAUGCACGGAUCGCAGCUGCGGCGCCAACGCGAGGUGCCUCAAGAGCGUGGCGGGCUGGGCGGACUGCGUGUGCGACAGGGGCUUUAAGCUGCUGCCCAACGCCUCCUGCGCGCCUCGCCUUCACCCACCAUUCACCUUCACCCACCCUUCACCUUCACCCGCCCUUCACCUUCACCCGCCCUUCACCUUCACCCACCAUUCACCUUCACCCACCCUUCACCUUCACCCGCCCUUCACCUUCACCCACCCUUCACCUUCACCCACCCUUCACCUUCACCCGCCCUUCACCUUCACCCGCCCUUCACCUUCACCCACCCUUCACCUUCACCCACCCUUCACCUUCACCCGCCCUUCACCUUCACCCGCCCUUCACCUUCACCCGCCCUUCACCUUCACCCGCCCUUCACCUUCACCCACCCUUCACCCGCCCUUCACCUUCACCCGCCCUUCACCUUCACCCGCCCUUCACCUUCACCCGCCCUUCACCUUCACCCGCCCUUCACCUUCACCCGCCCUUCACCUUCACCCGCCCUUCACCUUCACCCGCCCUUCACCUUCACCCGCCCUUCACCUUCACCCGCCCUUCACCUUCACCCGCCCUUCACCUUCACCCGCCCUUCACCUUCACCCGCCCUUCACCUUCACCCGCCCUUCACCUUCACCCGCCCUUCACCUUCACCCGCCCUUCACCUUCACCCGCCCUUCACCUUCACCCGCCCUUCACCUUCACCCGCCCUUCACCUUCACCCGCCCUUCACCUUCACCCGCCCUUCACCUUCACCCGCCCUUCACCUUCACCCGCCCUUCACCUUCACCCGCCCUUCACCUUCACCCGCCCUUCACCUUCACCCGCCCUUCACCUUCACCCGCCCUUCACCUUCACCCGCCCUUCACCUUCACCCGCCCUUCACCUUCACCCGCCCUUCACCUUCACCCGCCCUUCACCUUCACCCGCCCUUCACCUUCACCCGCCCUUCACCUUCACCCGCCCUUCACCUUCACCCGCCCUUCACCUUCACCCGCCCUUCACCUUCACCCGCCCUUCACCUUCACCCGCCCUUCACCUUCACCCGCCCUUCACCUUCACCCACCCUUCACCCCUGUGUUGCUUCCCACCUCCGCUGCUGCCCAAUCCAGCGUCCUGCACAUGAACUACUAUCGCCCUUGUUUCCUUGCAUGCUUCACACACGUGCCAUUGCUGCCCCUCGUUUCAAACUUUCCCACUCCAACAAUUUUGUUUUUCUCCUCUCCUGUGCGUACUCUUCUGUCCUCCCUCUCGUGCUGCUGUGUGAACCUGGCAGAGGUGUGCACGAGUGCAGACUGUGGGGAGAACGGGUACUGUGAGGAGGAGCAGGAGGGGGGGCGCACCACCUGUCGCUGCAACACUGGCUUCACCAAGACCGCCGACGGCUGUGUUGGUCAGUGCUGCUUGCUAUCCCGUGCUGCUUGCUAUCCCGUGCUGCUUGCUAUCCCGUGCUGCUUGCUAUCCCGUGCUGCUUGCUAUCCUUGCGUGAAGGACGAGGAGGGGGUGGCGUCGUGUGUGUGUGACGCUGGCUUCACGCUGCAAGACGAUGGCAAGUCGUGCGCUGGUAAGGCUGCUGUGAUGGCAAGUCGUGCGCUGAAUGCGCCCACGCCUGCUGCCAUCGUCCUGCAACCUGCUGCGAGCAACCGCCGCUGGGCUCCAGCCGUCGUCCUGCCACCUGCUGCUAGUAACUGCCGCUGCCCGCGGGGCCAAGAGAAGGACGCCGAGGGCAACUGCGUUGACGCGUGCAAACUGCAGGCAUGCGGUAAGAACGGCCGCUGUGUGAAGGAUGAGGCGGGGAUGGCGUCGUGUGUGUGUGACAUUGGCUUCACGCUGCAAGAUGACGGCAGGACGUGCACGGGGCCGACCACGUGUGGCAACUGCCCGUCCCUGGCCACAUGCACGCUGGUUUCGUCCACCAGAAAGGCUCCUUACUGCACCUGCCCUUCUGGCUUUGGCAUGACCGCCACUGGUUGCGUCCGUGGUAAGUGCCCCAAUGCCGCACCCCAUUCCCCAUGCCGCACCCCAUUCCCCAUGCCGCACCUCAUUCCCCAUGCCGCACCCCAUACCCCAUGCCGCACCCCAUUCCCCAUGCCGCACCCCAUUCCCCAUGCCGCACCCCAUUCCCCAUGCCGCACCCCAUUCCCCAUGCCGCACCCCAUUCCCCAUGUUGUACCCCAUUCCCCAUGCCGCACCCCGUUCCCCAUGCCGCACCCCAUACCCCAUGCCGCACCCCAUACCCCAUGCCGCUCCCCAUUCCCCAUGCCGCACCCCAUUCCCCAUGCCGCACCCCGUUCCCCAUGCCGCACCACAUACCCCAUGCCGCACCACAUACCCCAUGCCGCACCACAUACCCCAUGCCGCACCCCAUACCCAUGCCGCACCCCAUACCCCAUGCCGCACCCCAUACUCCAUGCCGCACCCCAUACCCCAUGCCGCACCCCAUACCCCAUGCCACACCCCAUACCCUGA